AUGCCGCCGGAUACGUCACAGCCCGCGGAGCCCAGUGCAGGCGCUGGAGGCGUUGAUGAGGAGAUCAGUAUCAUUGAAGAUGAUGAUGACCUUCCUGCCAACGCGAGCGCCACGCCUGCGCCUCGGCCGACACCGUCGGUCACAGCGAAGCGGCCCCACGAGCCGACGCCAAGCUUCGUCGGCGCACCCUCGGACCCGAGGAUGAAGCGGCCGAGGCUGGUACCGCCGAGCGCGGAUGGCAGCGCGACAGGGCCCCAGGAGGGUGCUGUGCCGACGCAAGCCAAGGUGCCAAGCGGAAGCGGGACCAACGGUGUGCGACACGCGCCCCACGGUGCGGUGCCCCUGGUGUCUUCAGCGCCAGGGGCGGAAGCUAGGAUUCCGGAGCCGCCGAAGCCACCGAGUCGCGAGAUCCGGUGCAUCUGCGGAGUUAAUGAGAUGAUCACACCCAACAGCCCGAUUAGCGGUCUGGUUGUGUGCAGGGCUUGCAAUUGUUCACUUCAUCAAAACUGUGUGAAGGGAACACUCAAUAGUACACCGCCGUCGCAGUUCGUGUGUCCUCCAUGCCGGUUAGAGCGCGUGGAUGAGUUUCACCCCACAGUUGGCGCGGGCUUGCUGAAGCACAGCUACGCGACUUGUUCUACCACGUUCUCUUUGACGUUCACGGCGCAGGCGACCCAGUGGAAGAGGCAGUGCUGGGCCGUCCAUCUGCGCUCCGUUCACGUUCAAGGGGGCGAUCUGAGCGGUCCGGCCUGGCCCCACAAAGUUCAGGGCAAGCUCAACGGACGACAAUGCGUGGCGAUCGACCCACCCAAGCAUCUUCACGUCAGACGGGAGCAGUGCUACAACUUGACACCCUUGUUGAAGCAGGGCUUAAACACGCUCGAGUUGCGAUUCUUCUCGAAGCCUGACAAGCCCAAAGAUGAAGCGGAGGACAACUACUGCGUCGGCGUGGUGCUGACUCGUCCUAGGUCCGUUGCUUCCAUCAUCUCCAGAAUACGCGCCCGGUCGCAAGAAACCGUCAGUUCCGGAAGAGGUCGAGUCGAGCGUCUGCUGGCGCAGGUGUGUGGUUUUGUGCUCACUGGUGAGGUAGCGGGAAGUCUUGGAGCUGAUGCCCCAGUAGUCUCGAGGUUUUAG